AUGGCCAUGUUGGCACAGUUUGGCACCAUCUGUUCUCAAAGUGCCAAACUGGGGACCCUCAGCUCCACUGAAGAGAUAACAGGAGAGCAACUCACACAAAAAAUGAGUGCAUUAUUCUCACAUCAUGACAAGAGGACAACAGUGGAGCAGAUCAAGCAAGACAAGUCACCCUUGUCUGCUAAGAAAAACAAGGAGAAGCCAGCUGGCAAACUCUGUAGCAGAUCGCAGGUGAUGGGUGUAUCCUCUCGUCUAUGUCCAUUGUCAUACCUGAAAAUCAGUUUGUUGGAUACAAACUGCACCAGGAACAAUUUGGAGUCCCUUUCUGAACCAGAGGAAUGUUACUCCCUCCAAAAUGACAUAUUCAAUUGGAUAAGAACAUUAUCUAACAAAUACAGCUGGAGAACCACCGACCCCCUUGGAUUUCCAAACCUCGGGAACACUUGCUAUAUGAACUCCAGUCUUCAGAGCCUCCUGACAUUAAAAGAUUUUGUGACGAGCGUCAGUCGUACAGAGCAGAUCUGGAGAUCAGUUCCUGAGGCUCAACUGCUGAAGGAACUGACUGAAAUCAGGGACUGUCACAAAUCAACUAACUCUGACAUCAAGAGUCAACUCCUGCAGUCCUUUAAAGAUCUUAUCAGUGACCAGAACCCGCAGUUUAUGGACAGUUUGCAGAAUGACGCCCAUGAGUUCCUGAUCUCGAUCCUGACACACAUGGAGAGUCUUGGAAGACAACUUUGGAUUUAA